CUUCAGACCUCCUCCGCGCUGGUCAACCUCGCGUUUUUCUUUUCUUUCACCCCCCAUCUGCAAUUCCUCUUCGGUCUUGUAAAUAUCAGCUAUUUUUUUUCUUUUCCAUGUUCAAUCUUCCUUAGACUUUGUGAAUACUUCCGUCCCUUCCACUCGCUCUCUCCUCGUUGGCUGGUCCACCAUGGAGCUCUCCCCGGGAACGGGUGACGCCCUCAUCCACGGUCCUCAUCCGAAUGCGUCCCCGACUUCGAUGGCCGCACCCACCACCACGGCCGAGGCCGUAGACUCUUCCACACAGCCAACGACUGCCUCCGAGAAGCCACCCCAGUCACUCUCCCGAUCCGCCUCUCUUUUGCAACAGAAGCGGUCUUCACUGCCCCCUCGCGCUCACGCCGGAGCUCGCCACGCUAAACGCUUAACCCUCAACUUCCCUAUCAACGUUCCGCUGGACCUACCUCCACCUGCUGCCGCCGACCCGAGUGUCUCAUCCCCAGGAUCCAUGACCCCCGUGACUCAAUCAUCGACUCGUCCGUCCCCGGCGCUCCCCGCGGGGACUCCCAUGCCGUUCGAUGUCGAGGACGACGGCUACGAUUUCCUACGCGCCAUCGCCUCGCAAGAACGAAAGGUACUGGAGCUUCGAGAGGAGCUGCACCGGGCCGAGGCGGAGCUGUCGACUUUGAAGAAACAGUGGGCACAAUCAGAGAAGACGAGGAAACGGACCGAAAUCAACCUGCAUGCGGAGCCGUUGCUGCCGCUUCGGUCUCCCGAUCUCAACGCACCCGAGCCAUCAAAUUCACAUCGUCGGGAGCAGAGCUUGAGCUCGGUGGCAAGCUCAUCGGUAUCACAAGAGCGGGUCAGUCGGGAGCUCGAGAGACGUUCCAGUGUUCGUGUGGCUCCUGUGGCACCUCCCAAGGGAACGACGAUCUCGGCCAACGGUCGGCGGGUGUUUCAGGGGUCUCACGCCCGGACACUCUCUCUGCUAUCCCCGGUGACAGCGAGCAGCCCGUCAGCUGCGGGUGCGAUGCCAUCUGAUAGUGACCGUGUAGGCCGGACUCCACGAUCCGCGACUCUGCCCUCGGUCGAGCGUGAGAAUGUGUCUAGUAUUGGAGGUCCGAUGGAUGAGAGCCAGGUUCCAGAGCAUGUGCUGGCUCAGUGGCGAAAGAAUAUGCCUCCUCCUUCGAGAGAGGCUCUGGUGCGAACGGGCAAGCAGAUGGCUUCGGAUCUACGCGAAGGCUUGUGGACGUUCUUCGAAGAUAUUCGACAGGCUACUGUUGGCGAGGAAGGUAUCAACGCAACGGAAUCACGCACCAUGUCUCCACCCAACGGGUCACUAGCACCAUCUACCGCGCGCAAGCGAGACUCUUUGGCGAAAUCACGGAGUCGAGAUCGACUGUCCGCUACGGGAACUGUCUCACGAUCGUCGUCUUCGUCGUCAUCACGGGGCAGGGGGACGGCGGCCGAGAAAACAUCUGGUAAAGACACCAAACCGGACAUCUCUACGUCUUUCUGGCAUGAAUUCGGGGUUGAUUCACCAGCGCAGACGUCCCCCCGCCCCGGCGCUCAUCGCAGCUCCUCCGACAACACCAUCGCCGCCCCGGCCCAACGGGACAAGACCGAAUCCGGGCCUCCCCAUCACCACUCCAGCAGUCAACCCGAAACGGAUGAUGAUACAGCCGAUAACUGGGAUAUGUGGGAUACGCCGUUGCCUGCGUCCAAGAUCACCCAUACACCCUCGUCGAGCCGGUCGACGGUGGACUCAUCGAAACAAGAUCAAUCCCCCAAUACCCAAGGCAGCAGCCCCCGGACGAGUGCUAGCGAGUGGAACCCAAGUUCCGCCGCGCCCGAUCCCAGCGUCACCGAAGGCAUCCCUUGGCCGACCAUCACGAAGCUGGCCCCCUCGAAACUCCAGCGUACCGCCUCGAACCUCAUGGCCGAGUGGGAGCGUAGUCUUUCGCCAUCCCCGUCUCCCGAGCGGAAGGGCUCUCCCGGUCUCAAUCGUGGCAAAAACGACAAGAAGGACUAGGCCAUGAUCCUGGUUCCUGAUAUUUUUAUCUUCUAUGUACAUUCUUCACCCUCCCAUUUUCCUUCUUCGACCCCAGAUUUGAGGGUCUCCGUUGGACGAAUUGGCACGACACAUUCCCCCCCCAUCCACGGACUUAUGCUGAGCUACGACUUAUUUAACGCACGAGAGCGUUGUUUCUUCCUUCUCUUCCUUAUAUUUGGGAUAUCUGGCAGUGUUUCAAAUCUGGUUUGGGAAAUUGGUCGAUACUGGUAUCUAGAAUUUCCCAUAAACGUUACCGGAAAUAAGACCAAGUUACUCAAAAUGCUGUUCCCGAAAACUCUGCAUUCUAGAAUCAAUGAAAUAUUGUAGUUUAAUAGUCUCCA